AUGCACGGCGCCGAUCGCUGCCUGAUCGUCGGGCUAACCGGGCGCACUGACCUCAACGGAUGCACGUGCACCCUGCGUGAGUUCAGUGAUGGACGCUGGAGCUGUUUGCUCGAGGUCGACGGUGAGGUCGUGCGUGUCCUGCCAGCAAACCUUUCCUUGAUCAGCGUGUCGCCCGGCCUCACAACGCUCCAGAACGCAGUGUUGGCACUCGAUGUGCCAGCGAUCAUGCGAGCUAUCGCCAGCUCUGGCUGUGACGUGAACGCUCGUACUCCGUCGGGCGGCUCAGCCCUGCUCCUGGCGAUCGAGAUUGAGCGACUCGACAUCGUUGAGCUGCUGGUGAACGCCGGAGCCGACAUCGCUGUGCUGAAGCCCAACGGUGCGCACGCGUUGAUUCUCGCAGCUGAGUUCUGCAAGGCGGAUUCGCAAAUCAUCGACUUUCUGAUUGCCCGUGGACUCGAUGGAUUUGUCAAUCGCCCCGAUCACCACGGAGGGACUGCGGUUGGGUUUGCUGUUCAGAACGGUAACCUGAGCGCUCUCCACGCACUGGUGCGACAUGGUGGUGACCUGUACGACACGGAUAUUCUGCGUCUGUUCCACAGCUCUGGCAACGGCGCCAUCUGGAGCGAUGAUCACACUGCCACGUUCAAGCAGUUGAUUCGGUGGGGGGCGGAUGUCGACGCCACCGGCGCGGACGGACUCACAGGCGUUCAUUACGCGAUCCAGAACGACCUUCUCAAGGGGUUCGAGCUCCUCGCCGAGCAUGGUGCCGAUCUGACCAAGCCGCAGCCCGCGUGCCAGGGCCGGACCGGCAACUCCCCCGCGCACGCCGCCUUCAUCCUUGGCCGCAGGAGCUUUUUGAAGGUGCUCCUGCAGUAUGGGCACAGUGUCAGUCCCGAUGAAGUGCCACGGCUCCAGCAGCUCCGCCGUGAGCUGAUUCAGAUUGCGCAAGAUCCUCCGAAGGAUCUGACGCUCUACGAGGUCAAGCACGGCGUUCAGCGUCUCGUUACUGAGCCUGUCGAGGUCGCGAAGUUUAUGGAGCGGAUGACGAUUCUACCAAAAGACCCAGCCCAGACCAAGAAGGCGGACGCGUUUGUGAUGCGCACAAUCUGCGCAAGCUGCGGCCAGUCAUCCAAGGACACCAUGAAGAAACACAUGGUCUGCAGCCGCUGCAAGGCUGUCUCGUACUGCAGCGUGCCGUGCCAGCGCGCGCACUGGAAGAAGCACAAGGCGGUCUGCUCUGCCACACGCCCCUAG